GCAUACCUGUCCCGCGCCCUGCAGCACCUGGACGAGUUUGCAGCAGCACACCCCGAGCUGCCAGCAGCCGCACUGUCGCAGCGCCUAAAGGCGGCCCAUGGCAUCGACCUGGGGGUGCUGCGGGCGCGCGCCGAGCUCGUGACGCGCGGGCUGCGGGAGUGCGAGGAUGACGAGGGGUGGCGGCUGGUGCAGGACGACCCAAACGGCCUCAGACUGUUGUACAGGCAGGGUCCCCAGACCGCGACCACCCACUGCUUCAAGGCCGGCUGCGUCCUGGAGUGCGAGCUGCACGAGCUGCUGUCAAUGGCGCGCGAAUUCGACCUGAUCUCAUCUCUGGUGGAGCUGCUGGUGUAUGCUAGCGUCUGGCUGCCCUGGCCCUUUGCAGAGAGGGACGUCCUCAUACAGGCGGUCGGCAUUGACGUGCUGGCUGAGGACGGCAGUCUGGCCAUAUCAUUCUCAUCACCAGAAGGCGGCUUGCCGUCCGACGUCGCAGCGCCGGCAGGCUACGCCGCCAGGACCCACGUGGAGAUUCUGCCCGGCAGCUGCAUGCGGCUGGAGCCGCUGCCGCCCAAGGAGGCCGGCGGGCGGCCGCGCACCAAGGUGGUGGUGGUCACCAUGCUUGAUAGCGGCCAGUGGGUGCCCGAGGCCAUCAUCACAUUCGUGCUCAUGGUGUUUGCCCCCUUCUUCUUCAGCGCCGUGACCAAGGUGGUCAACACGAGCUUCCUGGACCCCUCCGCGCCCCUCAUGCAGCGGAUUGGGGAGCGGCCGGAGCUCUACGGGGAGAUGCUGCAGCGGGUGGCGCACUUUCUGGAGGGGCACCCCGACGCGCCGUGA